AUGUUUACCCUUGUCUAUCGAUCACAAACAGUGAUUGAUCUGUUGAGUGCAGUUUCCAUCAGUUCCGCGGACCCGACAGAAGUAAGCCUUCAGCCCGGGUUCUGUGCCCCACCAGGCAUUGUGGCCAACACAGCCUACUCCUAUCAUCGAGGAGGCAAUUUGCGCGUUCCCGCUGAAAAAGUCUUCCCAGAUGAUUUCACAUCAGAUUUCUCGAUUCUGAUCACAAUGCGGCUGAAGCAACAACUCCGAUCGGAACGGUUAUUCGAACUGGUCGACUCGAACCAGAAGACCCGACUGGCCGUCGACGUCGGUCCGUCCAUCAAACUCAUCUACGGACUGGAUGGAUCGACACAAACACUCGAAUUCCCAGCUCGACUGGUCACACACAGAUGGCAUCGAAUCGGGUUCAGCGUCAAAGGGGAUUCGGUCACACUGCUCUUGGACUGCUCUGUACAACAGUCCAUGGCUCUGAGGCGACCGUUAACAGGCCGAAUGAACUGGGCUAAUGGUACCUUGUAUGUACUCCAAGAUUCAACCGGAAAACCAGCCUUCACAGGUGUGGUGGAACGACUUCUUAUCAUUCCCAGUCCGGAAGGUGCCUAUGAGCAUUGCUCGACCUAUUCACCUUGUGAUAAAAUGAUCAAUAUUGAUGACUUGAUGCAACUGGAAGAGGAGACUCAAGAAGUUCGGUAUGCCAAUUUUGGUCGUGAUGGUCGCAACGGUAUCCCCGGCAGUCCCGGUCUGCCCGGUGUAGCAAGUCACGUGCUACUGAUGCCACUGCCCAGUUUCGGGAAAAAUGAGAUGUCCCGUAUGGCCAGUUUCCGCUCGAUGGUUCAACAGUCCGUGAUGAUGCUUAAAGGUGGUCGUGGUCAGCAAGGUAUGACCGGACUCCCAGGCAUUCAAGGGCCUCCCGGAUUGGUCGGUGAAAAGGGUGACCAAGGAGUGAUUGGUGAUCCCGGAUUCAUGGGUCCCACCGGGUUACGUGGUCCACCUGGACCGAACGGACCUCGGGGUCGACCGGGUGUUGAUGGCGAAGUAGGCGCGAGCGGUUUACCCGGAUCCAAAGGUCAACCAGGUAUGCCCGGUCUGCCGGGCCUGCCUGGACCUAAAGGUCAUAAAGGAGACGCCGGCCCACAAGGGGACAAGGGUGAUAUCGGACCUCGGGGACCACCGGGUCCACGAGGGCGAGCUGGUGAAGUUGGACCUCCCGGAGAGCCUGGACCAGCCGGUUUGCAGGGCCCCCUUGGUCCACCCGGACCAGCUGGUCUGCGAGGAUUACCCGGUCGUAUGGGACCAGCCGGAAUGAAAGGUGAAGUAGGGGAUAUAGGCACUAUGGGACCACCUGGACCACGAGGACCGGUUGGACCACCCGGUAUUACUGGUCCGCAGGGUCCACGAGGUCUUACCGGUCAGCCGGGACCAAGAGGACCACCGGGAAUUCGAGGCUUGCCGGGAAGUGCUGGACUUCCGGGUAAUCCUGGACCUCAGGGUAGCGUUGGACCAAAAGGCGAACCGGGAGCCACAGGCCCUAUCGGUGACAACGGCCCAAUGGGUCCGGCAGGGUACAAGGGAGAUCGUGGGCCACGUGGACCACCCGGUGCAAAAGGGGAUCAAGGUAAUCCCGGUAAAACCGGUGUUCGUGGAGACCGGGGAGAGAAAGGUUCCAAAGGCGAACGGGGCAACCCUGGAGCUCGUGGAAGUGACGGACCAAUCGGUGUGAAGGGUGAACCUGGUAUGGUUGGUGAACCAGGACCACGAGGUUUGGAAGGACCAAAAGGUAAUCAAGGUCCUCGUGGUGCAGCCGGUUACCAAGGUGCACAAGGUCCGAAAGGAUCUGUCGGUCCAGUCGGACCAAUCGGACGUCACGGAGAGAAAGGUGACCCAGGAAUGCCCGGUCCUCUUGGAUUGCGUGGACCUAUCGGUCCGCCUGGAGCUCCUGGUCCACGUGGUGCACCAGGUCAGUCAGGCCCGGCCGGUCAGAAAGGAGAUGAUGGUCCGGUUGGACCAACAGGACCACCAGGACCAGCAGGACCUCAGGGUAUUCGCGGAUUGGAUGGAUUUAUCGGAGGACCUGGUCCGAUUGGUCUACCUGGUCGUCCAGGGCCUCCUGGUUAUACAGGAGAUCGCGGUGAACCUGGUGAGCCCGGAUUGCCCGGUGAAAUUGGACCAGUCGGAAUGGUUGGAGCACCAGGACAAAGUGGUGAACAAGGAGCUCCGGGAGAACGAGGACCACCGGGCCCAAGAGGUCCGCAAGGUAAUCCGGGUAAACCCGGUGUGGAAGGAUUUGAAGGACCACAGGGUGAAAAAGGUGAUGUCGGUCCAGCCGGUCCUCCUGGGCCAAAUGGUCCAGUCGGUUUGCGAGGUACUGCUGGCCCGGCUGGAGCCCCAGGAGAACCAGGCCCGAAAGGUGAACAGGGCAGAGCAGGCACACAAGGCAGCAUUGGUGAUAAAGGUGAACGAGGUCCCCCCGGUCCGCAAGGACCUCCUGGUGUGGUCGGACCAGCCGGUCCCCAAGGAAUGCCAGGCAGUCCUGGUGAGCCCGGGUCAAAGGGAGCUCGUGGGCAACCCGGUCCCAUUGGUGAACGCGGUGAGAAAGGUGUUCGCGGUGAGGCCGGUAAACAAGGAGCUCGCGGUCCGGUCGGUGCUGACGGAGAGAUAGGUGACCAAGGUAGCCCAGGUCCUCAGGGAACCAAAGGAGAUCGAGGCGAUAUCGGUGAACAAGGACCAACAGGACCGCAAGGUGAUGUUGGAGCUGCUGGACCACAAGGUGCCCCCGGUCAACCCGGUGCUGUGGGUCCCGCCGGUCCUAAGGGACCGAAAGGAGUUGAAGGCAAGGCCGGACCGAUGGGACCUGAAGGACCAAUUGGUGUUCAGGGCUCACCCGGUGCCAACGGUCCUCGAGGUGAACCAGGAAGCAAGGGUGCUACCGGCGCCGAAGGUCCUCCCGGACUUGCCGGUCCUGUCGGCACACCUGGAGGUCCCGGAAAAAUGGGCAAUCCUGGCCCACCGGGUAUGCCUGGUCUGAAAGGUCUUAAAGGUGAUCAAGGACCACCCGGCGAACGUGGUCUUCAUGGCCCACAAGGAGAACCCGGCCCGCAAGGUCCGAAAGGAACUAAAGGCAAUCGUGGACGUCCCGGUCGACAGGGUCAGCAUGGGCCUGCCGGUCCACCAGGAGUGAUGGGUGAACCGGGUCACCAGGGUAUUCCAGGUCCACGGGGUCCACCCGGUCCGGCUGGAGACAUGGGUCCACAAGGAUCGAUUGGACCGCCAGGUAAAGAUGGAUUUCGUGGUGGAAUUGGUCCAAAUGGUCCAUUUGGCGAAGACGGUCCACCGGGUCCUCCGGGUCCAGCCGGUACACCCGGUCCACAAGGUCCAGUUGGUGCGGCCGGUGAAGCCGGUUCAGUUGGUGAUCCCGGAAAUCGCGGACCACCCGGUCCAGUUGGCUCAGUGGGUGAACCAGGUCUCCCCGGUGCUGCCGGCCCCGAAGGUCCUGUGGGACCUCCGGGACCACCUGGUGAACAGGGACCUCAAGGAAAUGUUGGUCUACCCGGACCGAAAGGAAAUGUGGGAAAACCGGGUCCAACUGGACCAAUUGGUCUUCCUGGAGAGCCCGGUAUGAAAGGUGUAACUGGUAACCCCGGUACUGUUGGACCGAUUGGACCCAAGGGUGAACAGGGCUCCAGCGGAGAUCCCGGUCCACCAGGCAAACAAGGUGAACGAGGUCCAGAAGGUGAACUUGGCCCUCCAGGACCACGAGGUCCUGCUGGUGAUGAUGGUGAGGCCGGACCACAGGGACGACAAGGGCCAUCGGGACCACCCGGACCACCUGGACCACGUGGUAAACCCGGACAAGUGGGUGAUCCCGGACCAAUGGGUCGACCUGGUCCACAAGGUCAAGUGAAGGUGACUAAUGCUCCGGAACCUGGAUUGAGACGACGACGACGAUCGGCUAGCACCUACCCUGAGCAAACACUGGAAGAGCUGAACGCGAAGAUAUUCCAACGGGUAGACUCUUUACACAAACGAGCUCGACUGGCUCGUCAUCCGACGGGAACAAGUCGACAGUAUCCGGCUCGCACAUGUAAAGAUAUCCGUCUGGCGAACAAAUUCGCCAGAAAUGACACCUACUGGAUCGAUCCGAAUGAAGGAGCCAAUACUGAUGCGAUUAAUGCCAAAUGUAUAUUCUACGAUGACGGACGUGUGGAAACUUGUAUUGAAUCAGAAAUGGAUCCGGGCAUUUUGGCCACCUAUGUGAAACCUCUCCCCGGUGACAGUGAAUGGCAAAGUCAACUUCGCGUGUUGAAUUCCACCACAACUCCAGACCUCCAUGCCUAUGGGGACCAUUCCCAAGUCAACUUCCUUCGUAUUCAACACCGAAGUGCAUCACAAGAAUUCGAAUUUCUCUGUGACGGAACCGCGAUCUACGGUAAAUGGAAUGGUAAAAGAAACGAGCCGGAAUUCGAUGCGGCUACCGCAUUGAUGACUCAUAACGGACGUAUGUUGGAUUUGAGCACUGGGGAGCGUUUGGGACAUGGUUUGGAACAUAUGGACAGACGUGUAUACCGAAAUUCCUUGUCUCGACUAGAUACAAUUAUCACAGUGGAGUAUGAUGGUUGUCAGUACAUGAACAAAGGAGCCUCAACCAAAUUGAAGGUGGAAACCAGUGAUUUGGAUGUCCUUCCGAUUAUCGACUUCAAAGUUCGCAGUUUUGAUAAACACGGCCUGAGUUCCAUCAGUCUGAAUGUGGGUGCUGUGUGCUAUCAGACGUAA